GAGCGCAUACGCGCGCAUGGUUUUUAUGCGCACGACUUUUGGCACUAAUUUAACGCCAUAUGAGAUACCACUGGUUUUGCAGCACAGCCAAAUCAAAAGUCGUAUGCCGUGACUGGCACCCAGAGGCUACUGAACAUAACUACAACUGGAUGUCCGACUCUCACAGUUUCUGACAGUGCUUCCGACAGACUAUUUUAUCGUCGACGACUUUUAUUUUGAAAUGUAAAUGUGGUUACCGGAAGUAGAGAGUGAUUUCUGGCGAAGAGGAAUGAACUGGUGUCAAGGAAGCUGUACAUUGGAGCGAGUGUACUCGUCGCAGUUUAAUACAUUUAAUAGUUAAAUAGGCCAGUAAAGGAGUAGGUUGCUCCAGUUAUACAUUCGCCUCACCGGUCUUUUGAUGCACUUCUAGCUGACGGGGCAGCUGGUCAUUGCUGAAAUUCACCAUGGCCUCUCUCCUUUCCGUGCAAUUGCCUAGAGCUGUUAUACGAUCGGGAUGUUUUACUCCUUUGACCACUACUUUUGCGUCCCCUUUGCUGUGCAGCAGACGGAACUACUCGAAAAAUGAAUCGGAGUACCUGCACAAAAGCAUAGUGCCGACGAUGCACUAUCAGAAGAGUUUGCCACGGUUGCCUAUUCCAAAGCUCGAAGACUCUAUUAGGCGCUAUUUGGCUGCCCAAAGGCCGCUUUUAAACGAAGAACAAUACCGUAACACUGAGAAGGUGGCUCUGGACUUCCAGAAGAGCGUGGGGAAGGAGCUCCAUGAGGAGUUAGUGGCUCUGGACAAGAAGAACAAGCUCACCAGUUAUAUCUCGGCUCCCUGGUUCGAUAUGUACCUCUCAGCACGGGACUCCAUAGUGUUGAACUUCAACCCUUUCAUAUCUUUCACUGCGGACCCAAAGCCAGAGUACAAUGACCAGCUGGUACGAGCGACCAACAUGGUGUGUUCGUCCUUGCGUUUCAUGAAGACCCUGCGCGCUGGGUGCUUGGAGCCUGAGGUGUUCCACCUGAACCCUGCUAAGAGUGACACAGAGACCUUCAGGAAGUUCAUUCGCUGGGUUCCCCCCACGCUCUCCUGGUAUGGGGCCUACAUGGUGAAUGCUUACCCCCUGGACAUGUCCCAGUACUUCCGUCUGUUCAACUCCACACGCAUUCCCAGACCCGGGCGUGACGAGCUCUUUACUGACCAGAAGGGGCGACACCUGCUGGUGAUUCGAAAAGGCAACAUGUAUGUGUUCGACGUCGUCGACAGAGAUGGGAACUUUGUGAGGCCAGCGGAGAUUCAUGCCCACCUCAGCUUCAUCCUGUCUGACCCCACGCCACCACCGGUGUUUCCGCUAGGCUUCCUGACCAGUGAGAACAGGGAUGUCUGGGCAGACCUGCGGGAGAAGCUGUUGGCUGCUGGGAAUGCGGAGGUGCUCGGGCUGGUAGACAGCGCUGUCUUCUGCGUCUGUCUGGACGAGGAGAGCAUGCGCGACCCGGUCCACAUCUCCCACAACAUGCUGUACGGCGAUGGGGGCAACCGCUGGUUCGACAAGUCAUUCAGCAUCAUAUUGUCCAAAGACGGACACGCUGCCGUGAAUUUCGAGCACUCGUGGGGUGAUGGCGUAGCUGUUCUCCGCUUCCUCAACGAGGUCUUCAAGGACACGACCGAGAAGCCCCAGGUGAGCCCAGGGUCUCCGCCGGCCGCCGUGGACUCUGCCUCCGCAGUGACCCAUCUCCAGUUCAAGCUGGACAGCGAGCUGGAGAGGGCUGUCGGCAAAGCCUGGAAAAAAUACCAAGAGGCUGUUUCCAAGGUGACGAUCGAGACCAUGGAGUUCCGGAAGGGUGGCAAGGAGGCGCUGAAGAAGCAGAAACUGAGCCCAGAUGCCAUAGCACAGCUGGCCUUCCAGAUGGGCUUCCUGCGGCAGUAUGGCCAGACGGUGGCCACCUACGAGUCAUGCAGCACGGCCGCGUUCCGGCACGGCCGCACCGAGACCAUCCGUUCGGCCACCGUCCAUACAAAGCGCUGUGCCCAUGCCUUCGUCCGGGAGGGCAGCCGACACUCUCUGGACGAGCUACGUGGCUUGCUGGAUGAGUGCUCCAAGUACCACGGACAGCUGACCAAGGAGGCAGCCAUGGGGCAGGGAUUUGACCGACACCUAUUCGCCAUGCGAUAUCUGGUGACCUCCAAGGGCCUACCCCAGCCUAGCCUGUUCCAGGACCCAGCUUACGCUGCCAUCAACCAUAACGUCCUCUCCACCAGCACCCUCACCAGCCCUGCUGUCACACUGGGCGGUUUCGCACCUGUGGUGCCCGACGGCUUUGGCGUGGGUUACGGCGUCCACGACGACUGGAUCGGCUCCAACGUCUCCAGCUACCCAGCCCGGAACGUCGGAGAAUUCCUGCAGUGUGUCCAUAAGUCCUUGGAAGACAUCUUUGGAGUGUUAGAUGGCAAGCUUCCCCAAAGCUAGGUCACCUGCAUCCCCACUGUUUCUGGGAAGCAAAAUUAAUGUGAAAUCAAAAUAUUCAAUUAAAGAUAUUCUAUUAUUCUGCUAUUGUGUAGAUAAGUGUUGACAUCUCAGGACAAAGGAGGGUGAAUCCUCUGGAGACUUUUUGAACACCUCCUUACCCAGUGUGAACUACAGUUUUUGUUGGGGUUUUUAAGAGCUUUUGUAUAAUUAUCCACUCUACUUGAAUAAGUUCCUGUAAACUUCCUGAUGGUGAUAUGGAUGUAAAAUAUUAAUUUAAACAAUUAACAAAUUAAGUUUGUUUUAUUAAAAAUGAAUCUCUUUUGGAUGAUCCAGUAAUAUUGACAUGCCGUCACAUUUAUGUUGUAUGUAAACAUUUACCAAAUAUACCAAAUAUGUCUGGUUGAAA